UCCUAAGAGCCGGGCGCCCGGCUUCCCGCCCUCAGUUAGGAUCGGAGCGUGUAUCCGAACGCACGCCACCGUUUCCCGCGCUUUGCGAUACGCUGAUAUCGCGCUCGAAAUAAGAAUAUUCAAAUCAUAGAUUAAUAAUUUGUUAUUUUUUAAUUUAACUAUUUAUUUUUUAUAACUGCGUUCCGUUUUAUGUUGGACUGGUUUGUGUUUUAGUGGAUUGUGAAAGACUGUAAUAAAACUGGGGAGCUGUUAGCCGUCAGCUGUCAAAAACGUUGAAGAUGGAAGCGAAGGUGAAAGAAGAGGUGCCUGAUAAGGACUACACGCAGCCGACGACCACUGAGAGACGAAAAUCUGCAGCUGGCAAAGAAAGGAGAUCUCCAGAGCAGGAGGAAGCCAGGUCCUCACCGACACCUGGUCCUCCCAGUCCACAAAAUAACGGAACUGCUGCAACCCUUUCAUCAACGGAGUCUCUAUCCCCACCAUUAGAAGGGUACAGGGCCACUCCAGCGCUGCAGCGGUUGAGACGAUUCCUGUCAGCGCUUCAGCAAUUCGCUUUUGACACUGGAGCGGACACUGGCGAGAGGGUCCGCCAACUGAUCUAUAAUCUGGUGUCAGGAACCCUAAACAUCGAGGAGUUCCAAGCGGGAGUUCAGGAAUGCACCAACUAUCCGCUGAGGGCGUCAGUGCCGGGAUUCCUAAGGGCUCUGCUGCCCUUUGCGCAGAGGGACCUUAGGGCAAGGGCCAGAAGCGCUAAGCAGACUCCACUGCAAUACAUCAGGAGCCAUGAGCACCUGAUCCUGGAAGCCAGUACCGACGGGGGCGACAUCUUCGCGGCUCAACCUCCGGCUGAGACCGGCGUCAAGAGAAGAGCUAGCGAUCCAUUCUAUGACGGGCAGACCAAUGGCGCUCAUGAGGAGUACCCCCCUCACCCGAAGCGCCCCGGCCUGUUCCCCUCCCCUUUCCUGUACCCCCUGCCCAGCAACGCCAGUCUGUUCGAGUACAACCACUACCAGGGAUACCACGCCCAGGGAGAAGGCUUCGAGAGGAGAGACGGUUCCAUCACAGUCCGGGACGUGUCCUCAAUGAACGCACCGUUCUCGGAGCCGCGCGCCGGGCCGGCGGCCCCCAAGGGGGACGACGAGUGGCGCAACAUCAACACCAUGCUCAAUUGCAUUCUCAGCAUGGUGGAAAAGACAAAGCGAGCGCUCGCCAUACUACAGCAGAGAGGUGUGGAGCCGACAGAGAGCAAUGACAUCAAGCGAGCAGCAAGCGAAAUCAUGGCGGCGGCCGUGAGGCAGACUGAGGAGAGGGUGGCUGAGGUGAGGAGACGCGCCGAGGAUGCUGUCAACCAGGUGAAACGCCAAGCGUUGCUGGAGCUGCAGCGCGCGGUGGCCGCGGCGGACAGCAAGCGGCGCAGCCCGCCGCCCGGCCGCGACCUCAGCCCCAACACCACUGGACAGAAUUGCUGCUGGAACUGCGGCCGCAAGGCACAGGAGACCUGUUCUGGCUGCAACGCGGCGCGGUACUGCGGGGCCUUCUGCCAGCAUAAGGAUUGGGAGAAUCAUCAUCAGGUAUGCAGUGGCAGAGAUCAAAAACCGACAGCGCUGCGUACCUCCCCACCGGCCACUACCGUACCGAAAACCCUUGUUCGUUCCACCACCCCUAUAUCCACCCCUCAAACCCCCGUAACCACAGCUGACAGACCAGAAAGACUAUCUCUUGGUACUUUGAAUUCGGCUGAGAGGUUACUCACAACGCCUGACAGAAGUUUGACAGCUGUCAACAAUGACAGAAUCGCGCUGGCCAAUUUGACGACUCAGGGGCUCAUUGGCGGAAUUGGCGGAAAAAAAUGACGCCCCAAUAAGGAGGUUAGGUUCCCAAGGAAGGUUAGGAAGUAAAUACAAUUUCUCCAAUAAUUCAAAAAAGUUUAACAUCACUUUCCAUAAUAACGUGGAAGCAAAAUGGAGUGUGUAGUUAUUUGUUUUGUGCCAUGAUAAAAAAAAAAUAUAUAAGUACUUAAAGUCCAUGCCACGUAAGCUACAGUCGCUGACACCAACAAUGUGGACGAUCUAUUAUAGGUAGUUCCACAUCCACUUCUUUCGUGGCGUGGACUCUAACUAGACAAUUCAUAUGUUUGGUUUCGCAAAAAAAAGAAACUCUAAACAAAAGUUAUUUUUUUUGUACAUUUUAAAAGCAAUCUAAAAAUACAUAUUUGUUACAUUAUUCAACUUAUCAAGUAGUAUUAAGUAAAAUUAUCUUUGUUGUUUGUAUUUUUAAAUUUUAUUUUGUACAUAUUUUUAAUUUAUUUAUUUUAACUAAGUUUUAAGUCAUAAAUAUUACAAUCUGUCAAGAAAAUGAAUAAAACGUAUAUUUAACGAACUACAUAUAUUUUUUUGUAAUGGCAAUACCAAAUAGGUCCAGAUUGAUUGAUAAACACCCAGUGUUGCCAGAAAAAAAAGACAGCGUCCUCAUUUAUUUUCUUCAAUUUUUUGACAGACCGUGUUUAUUGUUACCGUUACAUUCCCUUUUACCUCCAACCAGAUGUAACUACACACAUGUACCUAAAUAUUAUUGUGAAUUGUAAAUAAAUUAAUUAGUUUAAAUAAGUUUCCUUGAAAUAAAAGCAUUAAUGUAGAUAUACAUAAUGUGAAGUUAAGUUAUAAGGUUUUUUUUAAGCUCAUUCCCGGACCAGACAAAAAUGUUCUCAGCAUCUGGCGGGAAAAAUAUUGUUUGUAAAAUAUAUUUUGACACAUGUGACAAAUGUCAUGAAAACACACGACUGCCUCUGUCGCUCUCAUUUUAAAAUUAUCGGUGCAUUCUGCUGUCACUCAUAGAAAUCAAGCUAUAUUUGACAAACUAAAACAAUUUUUUCCCUUGAUUUUUUUUUAUUAUUUAGCAUUGUUUUACACUUUGUAUUUCUAUACAAAGUGUAAAACAAUGUAUUUCUAUAUAAAGUGUUAAACAAUGCUAAAUAAUAUUUAAAAAAAUCAAGGCAAAAAAUUAAUUUAGUUUGUCAAAUAUAGCUUGAUUGCUGUGAUUUAUUUCUGUGAUUAGUUUCUUCCAUAAAAGUAAAGUUUUGUAAAUAACUUAUUUCGUUUAUGUAUUUAGCAUAAACGUGUAAGAUAGCCGGGAACAUGGCAAAUAAAUUUAGAGGUUCACUGGGCAUAUUUGAAAUUGUCAACUAUUCCCGCGUUUCAGAAGUGAAAUAUACACAUAGAUUUACUUGAAUUUUCUAAAUAACGAGUGUUAUAGCAAUGAAUAAGCGUGAUGAUAAACAAUUAUUCAUUAUAAUAGAGAUACAUUAAAUAAUAAAACGUACUUACAUU